AAACACAUCAUGUAAGGAGGAGGAUUCACACUCCACUAUUCCCUUAAUUCUGCCAGAAGACGCUUUCUCAGAGGGAGAAAAUCAACCACAGCUACCUGCUGACCUGCGCAACCAAAGGUGCAGCCCUUUUAUUCAUGACUGAGUGUUGGAGACUCUUCCUGUGCAGGGAAUUUGGGAAUAGCAGUUGUUUAGCAACCCAGAGAUCAUCCAGUCACGAUGACAUUGAAGAGAAUGAUCACCAGGUGGAGGUGUCUGAUGUCAUUCAGCUUGUCCCUGAUGACCAACCUGAGCUGGAGAUAGAAGCAGAUGAUAUCAUGCAUCAGGACACCUUUCCCGUCUGUGCUGCAGAUAUUGAGGAUCAGCUGAGAAAACAGUUUGCCUUCUUGUCUGGUGGAAGAGGAGAAAAUGGCUGCCCCGUCAUCACGUUCCCGGAGUACCCAGCAUUCAGCGAGAUCCCGGAGAAAGAGUUCCAGAAUGUGCUUACAUACCUGACUAGUGUCCCCAGCUUACAAGAUGCGGGAAUCGGUUUCAUCCUUGUGAUCGACCGAAGACUGGACAAAUGGACUUCAGUGAAAGCUUCUAUCCUGAGGAUUGCGGCAUCUUUCCCAGGGAACUUGCAGCUUGUCAUCGUCCUGCGUCCAUCAGGAAUUUUUCAGCGUGCUUUCUCAGAAAUCGCAUUCAAAUUCAACAAAGAUGAAUUUAAAAUGAAAGUACCGAUCAUUAUGCUGAAUUCAGCAACAGAAUUGCAUAACUAUAUUGACAAGACACAGCUGACUCCAGAGCUUGGUGGCACGUUGGAUUAUUGCCACGCAAGCUGGCUUUUACAUCGCACGGCUAUAGAAAACUUUGCCGUCAUGGUCAAGCAAACUGCACAAACGUUACAAUCCUUCGGGACAGAGUUGGCUGAAACAGAGCUGCCAAAUGACAUCUCGUCAACCAACAACCUUCUAGCUGCCCAUACUGAGAAGAAAGACAAAAUGAAGGAUGAUCUGUGGUUGGCACUGAAGCAGGGACGUGAUAUAUUAGAAAGAAUCAUGGAGCCCGUUAAAGAGAACCCUGACUACAGGAUGAACCAGGACCAGCUAGACAAUCGGACAACAGUGGAUAGGCUCCUCAUGCAGUUAAAUGAAACCGAAGCUGCAUUUGAUGAAUUUUGGUCUAAACAUCAGCAGAAGCUUGAACAGUGUUUACAGUUGCGUCGCUUUGAGAUUGAAUUCCGAGAGGUCAAGAACACUCUGGAUGGUAUUAUGGAAAGGUUAGCAGUCUUCAGUGAUGUGGGAAACAGUUGCUCUCACGUGGAGCAUAUCCUUAAGGAUCUCUUCAGCUUUGAAGAACGUUCCCAGAAAGCUUUACAGUGUGCACUUGACUUGGCCAGCGAAGGUGAUCAGCUUAUCAAAAUGAAUCACUAUGCUGUGGACUCCAUUCUUCCUAAAUGUAACGAGCUUUACCAUCUGUGUGAGAGUGCCAGCAAGCAGAUACAGGAGAGGCGAGAACACCUCCGUCUGUCCUUAGAACUUCACAGGCAACUGGAGAAGACUAUGGAGUGGUGCGAUGAAGGGAUUUACUUGCUUGCUUCGCAACCUGUGGAUAAGUUCCAGUCUCAGGAUGGAGCAGAAUCAGCACUUCAAGAGAUUGAGAAGUUCAUGGAGACUUGCUCAGAUAACUCCAUCAGGGAUUUGUCAUGGGUUUUAAAGCAAUACGAAGCUAUUCUUACCCAGGAAUUGAAGGAGCAUGUCCACAAGGUGUACCAGAAGCAAGGAAGUAUGCAGGAGAUGUUUGAAAAGAGGAAAGGAAGCCUCCGGAAACUUGCAGCAAAGCAGACCCGGCCAGUGCAGCCCGUGGCUCCGAGACCUGAAGCACUUUCAAAAUCUCCGAACUCUUCCCCAGGUCUUCAAAGAGCCUCAGAAAACAGAUGUACUCCAGAAAGUGUUCUUCAGCGUCGCUCGAACUACCGCAGGGCAAAGAGUGAGGUGGAUGGCAAUCAAGGAAGGAGUUCUUCCAUAAUGGAGGAUGAAGAAAAUUUAGCUGUGUUAAGAAGGCAUGUCAUGAAUGAACUCAUUGAGACAGAGAGAGUAUAUGUGGAAGAGCUGCUCUCUGUUCUUGAGGGUUAUGCUUCUGAGAUGGAAAACCCAUUGGCAAUGCACCUUCUUUCCCCUACGCUCCAGAAUAAAAAGGAUGUAUUGUUUGGCAACAUGGAAGAAAUUUACCAUUUUCAUAACAGAAUAUUCUUGCGAGAACUGGAAAAUUACACAGACUACCCAGAACUAGUGGGAAGAUGUUUUCUAGAAAGGAUGGAGGAUUUCCAGAUAUAUGAGAAGUACUGCCAGAACAAGCCACGGUCAGAGAGCUUGUGGAGGCAGUGCUCAGAUGCUGCGUUUUUUCAGGAAUGCCAGAGAAAACUUGAUCAUAAGCUGAGCCUGGACUCCUAUUUACUGAAACCAGUGCAGAGAAUAACAAAGUACCAGUUAUUGUUAAAGGAAAUGCUGAAGUACAGUAGGAGCUGUGAAGGAGCAGAAGAUCUUCAGGAAGCCCUGGCUUCCAUCCUGGGCAUUCUCAAGGCUGUAAAUGAUUCAAUGCACCAGAUCGCCAUCACUGGAUAUGAGGGGAACCUAAAUGACCUUGGGAAACUACUAAUGCAAGGAUCCUUCAAUGUAUGGACAGAGCAUAAAAAAGGCCACUCCAAAGUCAAGGACCUUGCUCGAUUUAAGCCAAUGCAGAGACACUUGUUUCUCCAUGAGAAGGCAGUGCUGUUCUGCAAGAAGAGAGAAGAGAACGGAGAAGGUUAUGAGAAGGCCCCUUCGUACAGCUUCAAGCAUUCCCUAAAUAUGAGAGCUGUUGGAAUAACAGAGAAUGUCAAAGGGGACACCAAAAAAUUUGAAAUAUGGUACAAUGCAAGGGAAGAAGUUUAUAUUGUACAGGCACCAACCAUGGAAAUAAAGGCUACCUGGGUCAGUGAAAUCCGAAAGGUGUUGACGAGUCAAUUGCAGGCAUGCAGAGAAGCCAGUCAACACAAAUCCCUAGAGCAGACCAACAGUUCUCCUUUACCAGCUCCGUCUAGUACUAGUCCUCUGAGAAGCAAGUCAGGAAAAAUAAAAAAACUGGAAGAAAGAAAAACAGAGCCCAUAUUAAGUCCGGACACAAAUUUAGCAUCGCUACCAAAGUCCCUUGAAAAAAGCAAAGAUGGCACACCUCCUAGCCCUACCUCAGAAUCUUCUUCAUUCUCAAAAAAGCGCUUCAUUUUGCAGGGUUUUCCUAACCUCAAAGCUCAGAAAGCUUCUCCUACCAGCCCCGACAAAAAAGCUAAACGCCAUGAAGUAAAGAGUGAUCCAACUCCAUUUGGUUUGAGAGGUUGGAACAGAACAACUCAAUCGUUGGAUGUCUCAGAAGAAAACAAUGAUGGGUGGUCCAGUGGAGAAGACCAGAUAAAUUCUUCAGAUGCUGAGGAAGAUGGAGGAGAAACUAAUGAUAAAAAACUGAGUCCAGGUGAAUAUACAGUUGUUAGAGAUUGUGAGAAAUGUAGUGCAGAAGAACUUCCGGUAAAGAGUGGUGAUAUAGUUCAGUUGAUACGUGAAGAGGAGGAUGGAGUAUGGUAUGUGAAGAAUCUGAGCACCAGCAGAGAUGGGUUUGUGACAGCCAGCAACCUGAUGAUUCUCAUUGGGACUUCCAAGUCUGCACACUCGCUGAGCAGCUCUGAAUCGGGGACUGCUUCUAGCACUUUAAGCACUUCAUCCAGCUGCAGUGAAAGUUGCAAUGUGAGCAGCACAAGCUUCUCUGAUAUCAAGAGCUGAGUCUGAAUUCAUACUACAAAGUCCAUCCUGUUCUGGACAGAAGAACCUUUAACAGGCGUUCAGUAAGAAUAGUAGGAAAUAAUGCACACGUUUAUUUCCCAACACGUGCGUUUAUGAUUUUCAGAUGUUUCUGGAUGACAGCUAUUUCUUGCUGAAGCUAAACGGACUGUUAAAUGUCUACUCCUAGCCCCACUCAGCUGCAUGUGAGCUGAUCAAGCCAAUGAUUACAAGAGUGAAGGAGGAACAUGUCUCUCUCUGCGUCAGAGAACCUGCCUUCGAAAACACUGCACUUUUUGGAAGUUCAGUCCACAGCUUUGAAAAGUGUUUACACCGUUUACAUUUCACCCCCCAUGGAAACUUGCAUUGCUAUUGGAGGAUAUGAAGUGCCACACUACGACAAACUGUAGUUGUACUGCCAUUGUGGUUCCGUGUCUUGAAGCACUGUGCUUUCCACAAACACACCCAACCAACCCCUUUCAAAGUCUCAUGAGAAAAUAAUUACACCCCAUCAGUAAAGACUAUCUUCACUUUUUACUGUGGCCUUUUUUUCGGCUAUGGAUGCUUUCUAAAAAGAAAAUGAUGUCAACUUUUUAAGUAAUACCGCAUUUUCCUAAUAUAUUUGAUUGGGUCACGGAUUAAAAACCCAAACUAAACACAGUAUGAGAGCAACUUUUUUAUUUUUUUUUUACUGCUUUUUACCUCCAACGUGGAAUGAACUAUGUAAUCAAGCAGUAGACUUUUUCACAUCAUAGACCGUAUUCAAACAUUCUUACGAAAAUCAUCAUACGGUUUAUAAGCAGCACUUUUUACACUU